UUUUAUUAUUCCUUCCUUUUCUUGUUUCUUCACUUUAAUUACAUUUAUGAUUCUUUACAUUUUUGUAUUCUCGGUAUCUUGAAGGAUAAAUAUGCUAAGAUCACCACCGUCUUCACCGAAGUCGAGUUUUGUUUUGAUUUCUUUUCCAACGUGUUUGAACGAUAGACGGCCACAGGAGACAUCGUUCCCAAACGGCCACUAGGGGGCGGGGUUGAGUCACAGCCUUACACCCAGCCGCCUCCCCGCAGACAUCCAGUCUACCUGGGACAAGUUCAUCCGUUUCUCACUCAGGGCGGAGAAACUUCCCACUUUCCCCCCUGAGUGUCUCUCCCUCAUUAAGGAGGAGCCUGCAGACACAUCGACGGGCUCCACGGUGGAGGCUGACACACACUCACACACUCACACUCACUCACUCACACACUUUUGAACAGGACAAAGUCAGACGCACUCGGUCCCUCGGCGAUGCUGAUCCGGCUCCACGGCAGAGACUGAUCACCGGAUCACCCAGGACUGAUCCCAGAACCACAGAGGACCGCGGAGGAGCACCCGGAGCAGCGCCCCCUUCUCUGAGCUCCAGGCUGAAGACGCAAAAUGUCAGAAAGAAGAGGUCAGAAGUCCGUCCUGCUCUCCUUAUUAGUGUGCUGCAUGUUUGCUAGCGCGGAGCAUACCAGUUGCGGAGAGUACGAGUUCUUCAACCAGACCAGCAACAGCUGCCAGGCCUGUCCUCAGUGCCAACCGGGACAAGAGCCGCAUAUGAUCUGUGGCUAUGGCGUGAGGGACGAGGAGUAUAAGUGUGUCCCACUGCCAGUCAUUCCUGGGCCGGGGCCUCAGCGUUUCUCUUCUCCUGACAGACAGUCAGACGCUCCAGACUCAGGGUCGUUUCUGUACCAAGCUAACGUUUUGUGCCUUCAGGGCCUCAAUUCUGCGCAUUUUUUUUCAAUGACAAAGAAUUUUCACCUUGUCCAAGGCACUGUCAAUGUAAAGUAUGUCUCCAAGGCAGGGAGGGUCCCUGUAGGACACACCUGUGGAGUUAACCGUGACUUCUGCCUCUCCUCUGUUCCUUUUUAUAUUCUUAUUCCUGUUCUCCCUGUCUCCUCCAGGUACUACAUGUUGGAGAACAGACCCAGAAACCUGUAUGGGAUGGUUUGUCACUCCUGCCAGAACGCACCACGCAACACCAAAGAAUGUAUGCAAAACAGCAAAACUAAAGAGAAACCAGUGAUUGACCCCGGCAGCACCACCGUCUUACCUCACCCAGAUAAAGGAGUCAACGGACAGAGUCACCUUGCAACGGCUCUCAUCAUCGCCAUGUCCACCAUUUUCAUCAUGGCCAUCGCCAUCGUCCUCAUCAUCAUGUUUUACAUCCUGAAGGCCAAGCCCAGUGGUCAGGCGUGCUGCCCCGGUCAGGUGGUGAAGGCUGUGGAGGCUCAGACCAACAAACAGGACGACAAGAAAGACGUCCCAGACAACGUGGUGAUCUACUCGGAGAAGGACGACUUCGACAAACUGAAAGUGCCUCCUCCGAAGACAGUGAAAAGUGAAAACGACGCCUCGUCAGAAAACGAGCAGCUGUUGAGCCGCAGCAUUGACAGCGAUGAGGAGGCCGCGUCUGACAAACAGGGAUCUGCUGACAGCAAUAAACCCAACCCCAGCCCGUGUCUGGUCAACCUCGGCAACAAGCCCGACCUCUGCCUGCUCUCGCUGGGGCUUCUGGAGAGCGACAUUAACUGCAAUGGAACCUCCACCAUCCUGAACGGCCAGGCCAACGGCAUCACGAGUCCCAACCACAUCGGCAACGUCAACCACAUCACCAGCUCCAACCACAUCAACAACGCGAAUGCAAUCAAUAACAACAAUAAAACCCCGGGGAUGCUGCAGAGUCGAAGGAAAAAGAUUCUGGAUCUUUACACCAGAGCCUGUAACAUCACGGAGGGCCUGAGCCCCACAGAGCUGCCCUUUGACUGCCUGGAGAAGACCAGCCGCAUGCUGAGCUCGUCCUACAGCAGCGAGGCGGCCGUGGUGAAGACGUGGAGGCACCUGGCUGAGAGUUUCGGCCUGAAACGGGACGAGAUCGGCGGCAUGAGCGACGGCCUGCAGCUCUUUGAGAGGGUGAGCACGGCGGGCUACAGCAUCCCCGACCUUCUGACCCGCCUGGUACAGAUAGAGAGGCUGGACGCUGUGGAGUCACUCUGCUCGGAUGUGCUGUGCAGCGGCGACACCACCGCGGUCACCGGCCGACAAGGCAUUAGCAGUUUUCACAGCCAGCUGGUCUGUCCGUCGCCGUAUCUGCCACCGUCCCAACGCUGCGCCAGCGUGUAGGCGUGAGGCGGCAAAGACUUACAGAGUACCUUUAUGCAGAGACUAAUGCUGUCCUCACUGGGACACCUGCACACAUAUGAGAUAUGUUCCACCGCCAUCAGAUGAAGAACUCAAGUUCACCUUUCUCUCUGUCCAGCAAUAGUAAUGUGAAACUGUUUCUCUUUUAGACUAUUCAGGGUUUGAGUAAGACAACAAAAACUGAGCUACUUCCUCAAACUCUACAGAAGCUUCUUGGUUUUAUUUCUGUCUGUGGCCACAGAACAAACGUUCACAGCAAAACAAGUUCACAAACUGCACUGCCAGAGACGUCCUCUCAACAGACUCCUUCUCAUGUCAAACUAAUGGCCUGUAUGGAAUGAGGCUCUGUCCUGAUUAGCCUCUGGCUGUGCUGUCAUCACAGCUUAUACCAACACCCAAAAAAGACACUUAUGUCUGGGUUAAAAUUGCAAAACAGCCCUCAAGUCAUGUUUCAACCAGUUCAUUGAAUGGAGUUUUUUUAAAAACAUAAACCCUCUUGUUUUAUGCAGAUUACUCUCAGGCGUUUGUGAAUGCAGCCUAACACACUGUUAACAUGGCUCCAACUCGGAUUAUUCUCAAAAAACUAUCACAAGUGCAAUGCAACAAAGAGGAGUUCCUCAUGAGACACAAUUUCCAGUGUUCAACUCCACAGUAAAAGCAGUAAAGACUUUAUCUAUUCAGUCAUUUUUCAUAAACAUGGUCAAAAAUGCUACAGCUUUCAAGACUGGAACAGUUUAGAUCAACUCCAGCACGGCAUGGACGACUCUUUAUUUUUCCCUGAUGAUUGUACAUCAUCUGUGCUUCUCGCUCCUGCCGUGGGAGCUUCACAUGGUGCUGAGUUUUCCCCAGAUUAAGUCGGUGCUCAGUAUUCUCCAACAACUGAGGUCUGGACACCAGCAGGGCCUGGCGUGGAUUUGUGACAUGAAGAUAAGUGAUAGCUUGUACAAACACUAGAUUUAUUUUGCUGUUUAAAAUGAGUUAAAUAUGUGGAGCAAGGAACUGGAUAAUGUUGCAUUAAACCAGUUACGGUCACAUUUAUGUCCACGUUUUUGAACCAAACCUUGGGUCAAAUCAGAGUAGUUAGGGUGGGGCUGGACACAGGAUAAAUCACAGAGGAUCUAUUUUGAACCAAAUGGUCUCAUUUCAUCACAAACACUAAACUAGAUGACCUUGAACAACAGUUUUACGUGUUUGAAGAUGCUUGAAGUCUUCUUUAAUACGACCAUGGAGAAAAACAGUUUUAGUUAAUUAUAAAAAUUUAAGUGCAGUAAAGUGUUGCUAACACUGAUAUACACUUUUGACUAUUAGCAUCACCGUCCUACGAGAGUAUGUGAUUUAACUUUCCAUAUUUUUCUCUCUCUCUGUCCCAUUUCCUCCAAACUCCAUGACCGCCCUCCCGCUACUGACUUUCCCCUUAACCCCCCAAUGCUGCGGUCCAGUGCUGCCGCCAGCUCUAAUUAUUUGGCCUGUGGCUUGCUGGGCCCCUAAUAGGCCUAACUGUAGUGGUUUACAGAGCGGGUGCAAAGUGCCUAUGAUUUCCAUCACCUAAUUAAGCAUUUAAGGUCACUUAACCACUGAAAGCCCAGUGGAAAAGCUAUAAAAACCCAGCAUUAGAAAAAUUGAUGCCAUGACUAACUGCCCCCCGGGGGGCUCCACAUCGUAAACAGUGCACCCAGACUUGGUCGAAGCGGAGCUGUGGUUGUCCUAUAACGUCUGAUCUUGUUCAGACCUCUGUGGUCGGCCCAUUCGUGCUCAGUCAGGACUUAAGCUCUCCUCUAACCAUUUGGGACCAUGAACAAGAACAGGGUGCAUCAGUGCAGGACGUCCACGUUGGGAAAUAAAAACGGGCUGCGAUCAGCGCAUCAUGAAGGUCGUCGAAGCUUCAUUAAUAACAGAUCAGGUAUUAACCGGAUAAGAUGUUGCAGGUCAGCAUCCGGAUUUUUUUUGGUUUGGUUCAAAAACUCAGUGUUACGCUCCAAGAUUUAACUCAAACAUGUAGCACCAUGACUCACUUUGAUCUCUUUUCCGGGGACUUGGAUUGAUCUUUAUCUACGGCCCGAUGUUGUCAGCGUUGCAUCCUCUUACUGAUCUGAACAGAUUCAAACACUUCACCUUCUGCCAAGCUCUUCCUAUACAACUUUUUUUUUUGGUCAUAUUUUAAUUUUCCUUCUCUGGGGCUGGAUCCCUGUAACUUAAAUUAACAUAUUGUGUGUGUUUGACAAGCAUGUAUUCAGCGUUUACUUCCCAUAAACCUCUUGUCAAGAAAAAUCAAAAGCUCACAGUACACAGAAAUGUUUUGUUUUUGCUUUUUGUUUUGUUUUUUCAAAGCAGUCAGUCGAAUUCUAAACGUGUGUUAAAUAUUUUAUUUUGUCGAACUUUUGUAAAAAAUGUAGUUCCGGGAUUGAAUUAAAAAUGAAAUGGCUCGAGCCUUGUUUUCAAGCAUGGCAAAUGUCUGACAUGUUUGUUAUAUGAUUUUGCCGACAGGACAAUAUACAGGAACCAAACACGGAUUACUUACCUCACCUCGUACAUAUGUUACAGUGCAUCAUGUUAAAGACACACAAAAGCAUCUUCCUUGGACCAAAGUAUAACUGUAUAUAUAACUUAUUACUGUACAUAAUGUAAACACUAAUAAAGAUGACUUGAAAAAACAUGGUGUGGUUGAAUUAUGAUCAAAAUGCUUCUAUUUUGUGAAAUAAUUCUUUUUUCACAAAGUCAGAAAUUUGCAGUUGGCACCGGACAAGAUUUCCCUUUUGAACAUUUAGAACAGUCAUUGAAAUUCCCAUGGCAGGGGCUUUAAAUGUCUCUGUCAAUCUACGGUACGCCUAAAAUAUCUUGCAGUAUUUAUUUUAGUUUUAUCAUAAACAGUUCCAGAGUAUUUCGCCGUGUGGAACAUGUUAUUUCGACUGUGUGCUAUUAUCAGAACAGAACAGGAAAUCAAAUCUGACGGCAUGUUUAAAAUACGGUUUACAUCAGCGGUCCCUAACCUUUUAUCUACCAAGGACCGUUACUGAGAACCAAUAGCAGAUUGUUUAGGGAUUGUUACAUUUUCAA